CAAGAAGCAAGACUCUGAGUCAAUCAUGUGGUGGUACUACGCAAAUGUCACCGUCUAUGCCCAAGCUGCAACGUCCCUUGCUCAGCUGGACAUUCUGGUCUGUACCUUCUUCACCUGUGUCGCCCAGAACCACAGCGACAACUGCUCUGUGAUGGCGUAUUCCGUAACCCAGAUGGACCAUCUAUUUAUCUGGGAUGUAACGGGACCAUCUCCCUGGGCACCAAUGAACGAAUCCUUUGAUGUACCAAGCAAUGAAAGAUACAAACUGUUGAACCACUCAUUGCAAAUCCUUGCUUUUCAGAAUCCAGCAGAGGCUGACAAGUUUGUGUAUUCCAAUGCUCAGACUGUAAUGUAUGGUUUUGUUAUUCCUGUCCUCAAACUAUUAGGGAUCCUAUCCAUUCUGUCUUUUUUCUUUACCCUUUGCAGAGUUCCCUCCAUGCGGAAUAUCACUAAUUUCUACUUGACUAAUUUGGCAGUUGCAGAUUUGAUGGUCUUGAUUGCAAAGGCCACUCAAGAGCAAUGUGAGGCUUUGAAAACACAGAAUGAAUUUGAUGCGUCAUGUUUGGGGAUCUCAGCCCAAGCAUUUCAUACUUUCAUAUCGUACACUGGAGAUGUGGGUACUAUGUCAUCUUUAGCCUUUGUAACACUGCUGUCAUAUGAUAGAUAUUUUGCCAUUUGUUACCCUUUCCAACACCGUAAUCUCAAUCUGAAGCGACGGGCAAUUCGAGCAGCAGUCUGCAUAUGGUUUCUGUCUAUUUCCUUGAAUUUGAUUGGUUUCGUUUUUCAGUUUCUAGGAUUUAAUGUACCACCAGUUAAAUGUCUUGUUUGGCCAACUGAAGAAAAGUAUAAACAUUUAUCAAGUAAUGUGCAGGUGUUUAUGAAUACCGAUGCAACUUUUGUCACUUUGGAUCUGGUUUUAUAUUGCCUUUUUUUCUGUGUAUUCAUGUUGAGUUUGAUCCUCACGGUCACUUUCAAUAUGCUCCUUAUUAAGGGACUGCAUGCACCAAAUCCAACUGGUGAUCAGAUCCGAGGUCCGUCAAAACAUCUACGAAGAGUGACUCUGAUACUUGGCAUCAACACAGCCGUGGUAUUUGUCUGUUCUCUGCCCCAAGUUGUAAUUGCCCUAGUUAGUAUUUUAGUGCAAAUCAGGCUAAUCGUUCAUGUAACUGAUGAUGUGAGAAAGAAGUUGGAUCUGACAACUGCUUGCCUCAGAGUCUUGAACUCUUCCAUUAAUUCAGUCAUAUUCAAUGCUGGUAGUGGAAGGUACAGGAAGGCCUUUAAGCAAGCCUUCUGCUGCAGAAAAAGGCAGCAAGUACCAACGAACAAUAUCCCUUUGCAGACAUUACCAAGAGCAGGUCCUGCAGAUAGAAUCAGAUCAUAGGAUCCAAAGGCCAAACUCCCCUCCUAGAGA